GCUAUCGAACGCUUGGCGUCUGGCGAUCGCCGAGUGCCGCUGACUGUGAUCACAAUUCAUACUUCACAGUAUACGAUACGGAUUACGUCUAUAACAACAUAGUUUUCCUCAACUGAUCGCAUAUCUGAGGAAUCUUGUUUAUAUUAAAUCGUAAUGUAAAUAUUAAGAAGUUAUCAAAUAUUUAAAAGUAGUAACUAUUACUGCUAUACUAAACAUGGAUACAGUGUAGCGUUAAGUGAUAAAGUAACGAUGCAAGUUCCUGACAUUUAAGUGGAGUGUUGUGAAAGUUGUAGCCCGUUGUGUACUUAUUGAUAAAAUGACCGAAAAGAACAAAUCUGAAAAGAUGACUAAUUCAUCGAAACCUGUUCCUAUGAAGCUGUUUGCAGCAUGGGAAGUGGACAGAACUCCUUCCAAUUGUAUUCCAAGACUGUGCACACUACGCGUAACUCGCCUUAGAGUAUGCGGCGCACUAGGCGAAGCUGGCGGCGGGGCUGCGGCUGGCGGCGCGGGUGCAGUAACGCUGGCGGCUCGAAUGCACAGCAGCAAGCGCACACUUCGCUCUAACGAUAUCAUCGUACCCCCAAUGGAUGUGGAGCUGGAUCUUUGCUUCUCCCUGCAGUACCCGCACUUUGUGAAACGUGAUGGCAACAGGUUGCAAAUUAUGUUACAGCGUCGCAAGAAGUACAAAAACCGCACGAUACUGGGCUACAAAACACUCGCCGAAGGUGUUAUUAGGAUGGAUCAGGUGCUUCAACGUUCUAUGGACAUGGAGCUGGAAUUAACCAGUGUGGGAGGUAAAGUGGGUGCGCCAGCUGGGCAGCCAGUGGCAAGACUGACCAUCACUGGCUUGGCUUCUACGCCCGUCGAUCAUGACACUAAGAAUAACAACACUUUACUUAUUACCGAAAGAGGAUACUCUGAUGAAGAGGAGGAAGGAGAGUUCAGUUCGGUGGAAGAGGCUGAUGAGAUGACAUAUGGUGCACCUGCCCGUAGACGACCGCACAGGCAGAUCGAGUUCAACAAGGCCGACUUUAGUUACACCAAGCUGGGGUACAUGGACAGAGAGAGACAGAGCUAUAUCCACUCUAAGGCGCAUGAGAGGGACAGCGAUAGUGAACUCGAACACGCCCCGAGCAAGCGCAAAGGCAGCCGCGGCAAGCUCGCGCAAAGAAAUCUAAAGCAGAAAUUCGCAGCACUUCUGCGUCGAUUUCGCGUUCCCGAAGAAUUGGGUGAGCGCGGGGCGGUGCGAGACAACCACAACGCACAGCGGGACAUAGAUGAACUAUUUCAGGAUUUGGAUUCUCUAUCAUGUGGCGAGGGUGACGAUUCAGGUCCCGAUCAGAUGGACACCAUCAGCAUCGGUUCCACGCCUAAACCCUCGCUUAGACCGUUCUUCAGCAGCUCCAGGAGUCUUGCUAAUCAAGACCAUCAUAGACAUUCCAAUGUGACACGACACGCGAGCCUCGCGUCCGCUGCUGAGUUGCGACCGCGGAACCGACAUCAGCCCACACUAUCAUUCACAGAAUCGGAAGCAGUUCGUAGCUCAGCCGGGGACGAGCGUGGCAGUGAGGGUAAUAGCGAUGGAGAUGCUACUCUCGAUGCACCAGUCUCAGGCGCAUCCGUAUCGAGCUCGCCGCCAAAUGAGAUUAAGGAGGACAAACGUUCACGCCUUUUUCGUAGUGCUACUAGCGGUGGUAACUUAACACCGGCCUCAGGAGCCAGGAAGAAAAAUUCUCUAGUUAUUGGCACUGAAAGACCGUUGUCUGCGCACGAUUUGCCUGCCUUGAGUCCGACAGCACUAGAGCCUCGUCGUACAAUGGCCGAGCAAGUGAGCCGAGUGUUAGGUGAAGAGGGCCCUUUACCAGAGUGUGUAGCGGUGGCCCAUGGGUCUCUUGCGCGUUGUUUGCAGGCCCUUGCUAUACCUACUGUUGUGGCCCCUCCGGGAGUUGUACCCGAUGCAAGGCCUCUAUUACAGGCAGUGCUUGCUAGAGCUACUAAACAGGGCAGUCGUCGCGCGUUGCGUAUCUGCGUGUGUGGCGGAGAAGCAGCGGCAGCGGGUGUGCUACGUGCGCACGCUGAGCUCGCCGCAAGACGACCGCAUGACGCCCCUCCCAUAAGAUACUACGUUAUACCUGUCGGUCAAUGCACCGUGGCUCGCUACAUGUCAGCUGCGGACCCGGCGUACGCGGCAUUGUUCGCGAAUGAAACGUGGGCGGGGCUUUGCGAUCGCGCGCCGGACGCACACAUGCCUGAUAUUGCUGAGAUGUCUUCCAGAAUCGCUAGGUAUUUAAAUAGUAUCGGCCCAGUGAAUAACAUCCCAAUCGGCGAAGCAAUGAUCGCGUACAGAGACAAAUCUGCCGAUGAAGACUCUAGUCAGACGUUUGUUCCUUUCAUAGCGGAAGUCCGUGUAGGUUGGUCGGAGACGUGCGGUACAUCGUUAGAGGGAGAAGAGGGUUCCCCUCCCGCUCGCCCUUCGCCCCCUGCGACGCCUGCGCCUGAUCCCCUGCCACCUGCGCAUGACCCGCUUGAGUUGCAACUGGACUAUUGGCUGGUGGGUGGAACCGGGGGUAAAAGCGCUGAAGGUAGCGAGACGAGCGGUGGGGGUAAGGUGACGGUGAAGGCAGCCUUCCGAGCGCUUCUUGUCACAAGACACAACCAUCAUCUGGCCAUCACCUACCUCACAAAGGAAAAGAAACAGAAAAUAAUGCGUUUGGGCAAGAAGAAAGAAAAGAGUGGAGAAAGUGAGGCAGGCCGUGCGCAUAACGUUGAAGGUGUCGCCAGACUGAUUUGUUCCGCUAAAGGCUCGCAUACUCCGCUCAAAGUUUACAUCGACGGCACAGAAUGGAACGGUGUGAAGUUCUUCCAAUUAUCGACGCAAUGGCAGACUCACGUGAAGUCGUUCCCGGUUGCGACUUGCGGCGGCCCGCUACCCUCACUCGCUCCCCUCGCCCCGCAAGAAACUUAGACGCUCGUAACGGCCACAGGAUAUAGCAGACAGAAGUGACUCCAUAAACCCGUGAGGUUGAAAUGCUUUCCUAUAGUACUAGACAUCAUAGUCAUAGCGAUGUUUAUACUAGACGUCAUAGACGUAUUUAUAUAUUGUGAAAAGUAAUAUCUGGCUUGAUGAUUAGCUAAAACUUAACUAAGAAAAAGUUAGAAGUCUGUAUGUAUUCUGUCGCAGUAGUAUAAAUUCAUACUGUCUUUACCAUCGACUAUCGGGCUGAUACGAUUGUAUUAGUUUGUCGCUUACGAUGCUUAGUGCGAAAAAGUUCAAGCUCGAGGGACGGUAGCUAUCUGGUAUAUUCCAGAAAAUUCUAGAAUUUUGGAAUGGAUUGUGCAAAAUUAUUAAUAUACUGCAUGUUUAGAGGGAGUUUUUAUUUACAAUACGUGGCUUUAUGAGACAAACAUUAAUAAUCAAUAAUUAUAAGCGGUUUCCUUAUCUCUUAAUUAAUUUAAAUAUACUGAUGCCAUGAUCCAUGCAAUGACAUAGUAGUCUAGUUGUCUGAACUAGUUCCUCCCUCGUCUUAUGUUGUAGCGUUACUUAAUAAUAAAGCUGCCAUUUAUGUGCUUGUGUUGUGUAAUUUGAAUUACGUUCAAAUUUUUAUUACUGGCAGCAUUAGAAUAGAAUUUGCUAAUUUUAUACGCAACGGUUAAAAGUUAAAAUUGCGUUUGUAGAUUAUAGUGCGUGUUUAAUAUAAAUUGUGUAAAAUUUUAUAAUCGAUGUUAAACGUAUUUCAAGUUGCAUAAUUACAGCUCAAUGCAUAGUCAUGUAGAUGUAGUUAGUUCUGUGUACUCAAUAAUUCAAUAAUGGUUCGUGACAUUUCCAAGUAAAAUAGGAUAUAAAUACCUACAAGCGUGCGCUUUUUUCUGGUCUUCAUUUCUCUCCAAACUAGAACUUGAAAAACGCUUUUGUUUUUAUCGCCAUUGAGGGUUUACUCUCAAUAUCUGACAACAGAGACAGCUUAAGAGUUUACAUUUUAUGAGCCUGCUCCACGUUUCUGAGUUGCCAGAAUGAGAAGCGCACGAAUGUAGCACUUUGGUGUAUAAGUGAAAUCGAAUUUCGUGUUUGAGCGCAUAUCAGGUUCGUCGGAGCGCGGUUAUUUUGAAUCUGUGAUUUUUUGGAUAGACAGUGGUUUCAAAGUGCAGCAAUCUUAAGCUGUUAAUAUCUAGGUGUAGUUAGCAUUUCAUUACGUGGCCGCUGUGGUUAUUUGCUUCUCAAUUGAAGUACUGAAACCGGUGGCUUGCCACUCGCUUAAGUCACAGCCACCGCGUAGAUCGCUGCUAGCUGUACUUCUACAUAAUCCUCUUUAUUAAAACUUCCUAAAACGACUGAUUGUCAGUAUUACAUUGAAAACCAAAUUGUACUUUCGUAACGAAUUACUCCGAGCCAGCUUAGAAAAAUAGUUUUCUAUUGCUGCGUUCUUUAAGAGAUGUCCUUUUUCUCGAUGAUAAUAUUCGUUAGUUCUAUGUGUAUUUUUAGUAUGUGGCUGUGUGAACGUUAAGGUGUACGUACGUAUCCAAGCGUACAUUAUGAUAUAGCAUAGCUUGGUAACAUUUUGAUUUUAUACACUCACUUCAACUUUAUAUUUGGUGCUCUUCGAUUUCAAUCAUCAUCGUUCUAGACCCGCCGUGCCAAAUUUUAAUAUUGCCUUUUUUAGUUAAAUAAAAUUUGCAUCGUUAUUUUUUCUUAUUUAUUUUCAAUUACUUAUGCCAUCUUCGGUGAUCUAAUAAACACAUUUUCUUGGCAUCUAAAACGUAGUUAGCCAUAUUUGUGCUUAAUACAAAGUCUAGUCGGAUUUUACCCGCAAUUAAAAAAUAAGAUUGUCCCUAAACGAUAGCCAACAAACCACAUCAGCUCAGGAAUAUAUGUAUUUUCGAAUAAAUUAAAAUUUAAAAAGUUGGGUUAUUCCACAUUUGUGAAUAAUAUAUAAGAAACAUGUCUAUCAGUUAAAUUUUAAAAUCCAACAAUAAUAUUAUCCAAAUUUGGUAUACAAUAUAAUUUAAUAUAAAAGGCAAUUUAAACCAUUGCAUAAUACAUUUCUGAAUGUAAACCUGAUGUGACCAUAUUUUUUUUCAUAGGUUCUAAUAUAUAGUGACAUAUAGCACAAAAUAUAUCAAGUUAUUCUAGAUAAGGUUCGUUUAAAUAAAGUGUUAUUAAUGAAACAUAUAUCAGUGUUAGAUUAGAAGUUACAAAUGUAUGUAUUGUAUAUUACAUUUCCAGCGAUGUGGUUAGCUAAUGACCGAGUGCAGUUGUGUAAAAAGUGAGAUCCUUUUUGUAGUGUUAAAACAAACUUUACAGAAAUACCAUUAAGACAUUGUUUUACCAGCAAUUACUACAACUUCUCAUAUAUUAGAAAAUUUACAUGUUGGGAUAAAGACAAUACAUUAAAAUAGUAUUUUUUGGAUCUUUAAUAUGUUAAUCAAUUAUAGGCCAUUAGUAAGCCAUUGUUAAUUACAGUCCCUUUUUACGCAGCUGAACCAAAUCUAGAUAUUAUGAAAGGCUGCCAGGAGUGGUUUUGUGUAAAUUGCCUGCGGCAAUAGAAGCUCAAGUGAUGAUAAUGUCUAGAGGCCUAGCCUAGUAUGAUCUGUAAUUAUUUAACCUUUAUCUCUAAGUAAAGUUUAGCUCGACUCUUGUUGACAGCAUGUGUUACAAACCAGCGCUUUAAAAAUAUUUAAA